CUAGUAAUAAAAUCACAGUUAGUAAUGUACGUUGUGCACUAUGCUGCCUCCAUGGAGCUCUUGUUGGUCCUUGUGUUUCCUUUUCACUGUCCUAGUUGUCAACACACACCAUGCCUCAUCUGCUCCAGAUUUCUCUGAUAUACACGUGCAUUUUUCCCAAAUGUUGGCUUCUUGGUUCAGCCAUGCCGUUUCUUACUUCAAAAACAACAUAAUGGCUUCAGUAAUGAUAAGCAGCCAAGAAUAGCUAAUUGUGUUUAUCUGUGUGUGUAUGCCUGUGCCUGGCACUGCCUAACAGAGGACUCUACAAAUGCAGUAUGCCAAUCCCAAGAGAGAGGGGAGGUACAGGCCAGACAUUACAAUUGACAAACUGAUCCAGUUCCUUCUCACUGAAUGCCUCCAACAUACACAUUUGCUUGUGGAUAUUGCUCAAUGUAGGAAAAUAGCCAUCUGUGUUAAAAACAUAACAAUAGAAACCUGAGCUGGGUACAAAAGUGGAGGACAAGAAAGUAAAAAAAGCUUUAAAAGAGUAAAAUGUUCUGCAGUGACCUUCAGUUUUUAUUUUUUGGCAUCUCAGCUUUGUAAUAUUUUAAAACCAUAUCUGCUUUGUGAACAGGAAGACCUCUUUCAAAUCCUGUUGGGGGCAUUUCCUCUGACUAAAUAGCUCUCCCUGACCUCUGCCACUCUCUCUUUCUACAAUUGUCUGAUAAUGUUAUGAAAGAUAAAGAAUUCCUAAGCACAUUUUAAAUGGAAUUUGGUCAAUAAUAAAUACAGGAUCUAAACAAUGAUUCAUUUUAUCCAUGAGUGAAAGUGUCCCAUAACACGGUGGUUACUGAGAUUAAGUGAGUAUACCCAGCUGGUCAUGAGAUUGUAACAUGGCAGCCCCCACGAGGGGACCCUCUCCAUGUCAAAUUAAACAGCUGUUAUAAGGUCACUGAUACGACUGGAGUCUUCAUCUCAGAUUACCUCCACAAGAUCCUGAGGAACCACACUGCACAUGCCUGUGAUGGAGAAAUGCUGUCCAUCAGAUGCCCCAUUAGAACAUCUGUGGCUGUUCUGUCAGCAUUUUAUGGACGCCGUGUCCCAAGUCAAUAUUUAUGCCCCUCCAAUGCAAACCCAAACACAACAGUAGAAAGCACAGACUGUAUAUCAACCACAGCCAUUCAGAAAGUCAUGUCAGAGUGCCAGGAUCAAAGGGAGUGUCAGAUUCCUGUGGUGAGUCCUGUGUUUGGUCAAGAUCCCUGCCCUGAAACAAGCAAGUACACCAUUGUCUCCUACAAGUGCAAGCCAGAGCACCAUCGCUCAAGAACGGUGUGCGAGAAUGAAAGACUGAAGCUGGCAUGUAAGAAUGACACAGUUCUGGCCAUUUACUCAGCCACAUUUGGCCACCUGGUGCAUGACAGCCUUGAGUGCCCUCAAGAGGCUAACACAAAGCCUGACAUAGAGUGCUUGUCUCCAUCAGCCUUGAGAAGGGUGUCAAGGAAGUGUCAUGGCAGGACGAACUGCUCUGUGAGUGCUGAUGCUCAGAGUUUUGGAGACCCCUGCUUCCCUGGCACCAGGAAGCACCUGCGAGUCUCCUUCACCUGUGUACCACGGUAUCUACUGGAAGAUGUUGGACAUGGAAAGAUAGAUCCUUUCUUGCUCUCUGAUUACACACAUGGAGGGUGGUAUAUGGGCCCUGGUGUAUCCAGGCCACAAAACAUUUUCACCAACUCUCUGGAAAUCUUUUCCCAGAUCCAGGGUCUUCCAGAGACAGUGGCUUUAUACUUUGUCUCUGGUAUAUGUGCUGGUUUGCUCUUCUUGCUGUGCUUGUUUGGUCUCAAGCCCACCCUGAUGAGAGAUCUGAAGGAUCUUGUCUCUGAGUUAGGAGAUGAGCUCAAGGACUCCAACAGGUCUCAAGGAGGAAUAAUGGAGGAUUUUGAUGAUGACGAUGCCUCUCUGCGCUCUUCUUAUCGCCACCUUACACGUCCUUACCGCACAGCAGACAUGUUCAGCCCAGAGAUGAUUAUGACAGUAGUGAUGGAGGAGAGAAGGGAUGAGGACAAACCAGAGAUGCCAAAUGGCGACAUUUGGUCACACAUUAACUCUAGCCCUUAUGCAAUGCACAAAAUCAAAACUUCCUCUGCUUGAGGAUGUGAUGUGAUCUUAAUUAAUUUUUUCUUGGGAACAGGAUUUUGUUUUCUUUAUUAAAACAAACACUAAUUAUACUGUUAAUAUGAGUGUGUUAGAUCUUGUAUUUGGCUGACCAGACAUCGGGUGGCUUGCCGAUGAAUCAAAGUUUUUCUAAUACAUAAAGAAGAGUAAGCCAGAUGAAGAGCUUGUUGGGUAAAAUAGUUUAUUGAUGUUGAUAGUGUAUUUUUCACACACAUUGCUCACACACAUAACCCUUCAAAUGAAAUCCUUGACAAUAAAUCUUUUAUUACAAACAA